GCAAGACUAAAGGAAAAGGGGGAGUCAGAAACGCCAGCAGUCCCAGAGACACCCUACGUUGUAGCCGAUUCUUUGUCUCCCACAACGUCAACUAGCACCAGUACGAACCAAAGGGAACAAAUCCCAAAGGAUGGCCCGCUGGACUCUCCUCGUCCACACGAUUCUAAAGAGCUUCACCAACCUUCUAAAUGUCGAGCAGCAAUCGAUAUCAAUGCCAGAAGUCCAGCCGACCGUUUUGUACGACACAUACUUCACUCGCUUUCACGCCAAGCCUUUUCACAUACUUGACGAGUCGACAUUCCGCCAACGUCUUCAGCUGCAGCAAGUCCCAAACUAUCUGUUACAUGCUGUUUGUGCUGUGGCCGCAAGGUAUACACCUCACCCAAAAGGAUACCAAUCCGCGAUCAAGCUCAGCGAAGACUACGCCGCUCGUUCCAGGUCAGAGUUAGACACGGAUGAACCGAGUGUGGAUGCUCUGCAGGCCUUGUUACUAUUGAUAACGGCCUUUACCGCCGCUGGGAAAGGGAAAAAGGCAUAUAUGCUUCUAACAAAUGCUGUAGGAAUGGCCAUGGCUCUAGAGCUCCACCGUGAAAUGGCCAUCGAUGCCCGAGUUACUCCUAUCGAACGAGAAACGCGAAGACGACUGUUCUGGAGCUGCUACUUACUCGACAGGUUCAUGGUUUCCGGUUCAAAGAGGCCAUCUCUGAUUAGGGACAAUACAAUUUUGUUGAGGCUCCCGAGUUGGUCCCUCAGUCCAGCAGCGUUGCCCGUUGAAGGGGACUUCUUCCAGAGUGGUUCGAAUUCGCAAUACUUCUAUGGGAGUGGGAAGAGAUCGCGAGGAAGCAACGGAUUGCUUAUCGAUAUUGCCCGAAUUCUCGGUGCUACGAAUCAAUAUCUGGCAUCUGGAGGAGCCAAAGGCGAUUCGCACUUUCCAUGGCACUCGCUCUCCAACCUGUCAAAGAUCCGAAAGGACCUUGAUGUCUGGGCUUCUGGGACAGAAGAUGCAUUUUCCAGCCUACAUUCCUUGUUCGGUCACACAGACUCAACCGUGCUCGUUCUGAGCAAACUCAUUUACCAUUUGGUUCAUUGUCUGAUAUACCGACCCUUUCUUCCGAUUGACCUCUCCGAACUGGCUGGAUCAGGACAGCAUCAAUCUUGGCAAAUUGAGGCCACCAACAUGUGUUUUCUACACGCCAACGCCAUUGCCGAACUCGUGGAACUCGGAAAACGGAUGGCGUCUAUCGAGUGGCCAGCGUUUGUUGGCUACUGUGUAUGUACGGCUGGAACGGUACAUGUCCAUGGCGUCCACUACAGCAGACAUGGGAUAAUGGGAGAAAUGAACGUGUUCAGCUCUUCGCCGGAGCUUCUAUCUCGGGAGAUGCAACAGCUGAGUGAGUUGCGGUAUUCGUGGGCCAGUGUACAGCAUCAGCGCGAAACACUUCAGAGUAUAUACGAUGCUCAUGCGGAGCUUGUAAAGAGUGUUGCCAACAAUUCGAUCCGAUACUCUCCAGUCUUCCACUUGGAAGAUUUCUUCGAUCGAUAUGCCAACAUCGGUGGUCCAGGAGGACAGUCAUUCAGUUUUGAUGCGGCCAACUUGAGUCUGGUCGACGUGAUAGUGGACUUUACAACUGACACAUAUCCCGGGCACGAUUUGUAUGCGCCUCGUCUGGCCGAUAAUGUCGCUGGUGAGUCGGCGCUCAGCAGACCGAAUCUCAAGAGGAAGAAUACUGCACCUUCGGGGAGGAAACGGCCAGAUAUCAAGAGUCUACUAUCAAUCAGCGGAAACGCGAACUUCAGCACCGGCCUUCCCACACCAUCCCACCCCCACACGGCAACAUUCCCCUUGUCCUCCUUAGGCGGCCUUCACCCAUCCCCUGGGGGAAUACCUCACACUCCAUCAUUAGCACAACAACAUGACACCCAACACGAACGAGCACAGUUCCACUCCAUGCUACUAGGCUCCCCAAUUCAUACCAACAUCCCGCCCUCAAACACAACCUCCACAUCAAUCAAUAACUUCUCCUCCCUCACCCCCUCCUCCAACAACCACCCACGCUCCCACUCCAUGUCCCUCGGCCAAGGCAUCUCCUCCUUCUCCCCCAACCUUCCAAACUCCCCUUUCAGCAGCCCCCAACAACUCAACUUUUCCAACCUCCAAGUCCAACAACAACAACGCCCCUCCACCCCCGGCACCAACCACCACCACUUCGACCCCAUGUUCGGUGACCUCCCAACCAACGCCUUCUCCAGCCCAUCACAACUACUAUGGAACCCAGACGAUGACACUCAUCAGAACCCGGCCGGUGCUGGCAGUACCGGCGACAACAAGCCAACGCCGAAGAGUGACAUGGGUAGUAGCACUGGGACAGAAGAAAAGGACCCCUUUUUGAGUCUGCUAGAGCAGUUGGCGGAAAAUGAAAUGCUGCUGGGGGGUGGCGGAGGAGGGCCGGGGAGUGACUCGGAUGGGCUGGAUUUCUUUCUGGGGACUACGGCGGGGAUGGGAGGUUUGGGGUCUGGGAAUGGGUCUGGGGGUGGGAGUGGAGGUGGAAAUGGAAAUGGUGGUGGGGAUGGAAGUGGUGGGUGACGAAAACGUUUGGGAAGUGGAAAGAGGGACUAAAAGAAAUAGUUACACUCUAUAUCUGGAGCGAUGAUACCAUGUGUUUUUGGGCAAGAGAAUUGGUGUGUCGUUGUAUGUGCUUUUGAGUGAUCAAAGUCUGUGUUGGAGUGGAAGUGACACUGGGGUUUAUAUCGAUGGGUACCAGGAGUGUAUCCGCUACAAUAUCAUGUUUGCUUCCUCUCCACCCUCAAGAACAAAACCAAGAUAUUUUCAAUUUGCCAUGGGCUUCUUUACUUGCGUUCUGAGGAUACGGUGCUGACCUUUACCGCGCAC